AUGGAAAAACCAGGACUUAGCAGGUGGGUGGAGAGCAGUUGUGUGUCCCAGACAGAUCCAGCCACUGGGAUGACUGGACCCUCAGUGGAGAUCCCCCUGGCUGCCAAGCUGGGUGAGGCUUUCGUGUUUGCAGAUGGGCUGGACAUGCAGACAGACCUGUUCCCAGAGGAGGACCUGGGGGCCCCUUUUCUUCAGGGGAGGGCUCUGGAGCAGAUGGCCGUCAUCUACAAGGAGAUCCCUCUCGGGGAGCAAGGCGGGGAGCAGGAUGAUUUCCGGGGGGACUUCGAUCUGUGCUCGAGCCCCAUUCUGCCUCAGAGCGUCCCCCCAGGAGACAGGGCCCAGGACGAUGAGCCGUUUGGCCCGGCCUUCCUCCAGAAAUCAGACCCGACUGCAUACCGGAUCACGGGCAGCGGGGAAGCCGCUGAUCUGCCUGCCGGGGAGGCGGCGGGCAGGGGGGACUCAGGGCCCGAGGGGCCGCCCAGGACCGCGCAGCCCGCCAAGCCGUACGCGUGUCGGGAGUGCGGCAAGGCCUUCAGCCAGAGCUCGCACCUGCUCCGGCACCUGGUGAUUCACACCGGGGAGAAGCCCUACGAGUGCGGCGAGUGCGGCAGGGCCUUCAGCCAGAGCUCGCACCUGCUCCGGCACCAGGCCAUCCACACCGGGGAGAAGCCGUACGCCUGCUGCGAGUGCGGCCGGGCCUUCCGCCAGAGCUCGGCCCUGGCGCAGCACGGGAAGACGCACAGCGGGAGGCGGCCCUACGCCUGCCGCGAGUGCGGCAAGGACUUCAGCCGCAGCUCCAGCCUCCGCAAGCACGAGCGCAUCCACACCGGGGAGAAGCCCUACGCGUGCCAGGAGUGCGGCAAGGCCUUCAACCAGAGCUCGGGCCUGAGCCAGCACCGCAAGAUCCACUCGCUGCAGAGGCCGCACGCCUGCGAGCUGUGCGGGAAGGCCUUCUGCCACCGCUCGCACCUGCUGCGGCACCAGCGUGUCCACACGGGCAAGAAGCCGUACGCCUGCGAGGACUGCGGCAAGGCCUUCAGCCAGAGCUCCAACCUCAUCGAGCACCGCAAGACGCACACGGGCGAGAAGCCCUACCGCUGCCAGAAGUGCGGCAAGGCCUUCAGCCAGAGCUCGUCGCUCAUCGAGCACCAGCGCAUCCACACGGGCGAGAAGCCCUACGAGUGCGGCCAGUGCGGCAAGGCCUUCUGCCACAGCUCGGCGCUCAUCCAGCACCAGCGCAUCCACACGGGCCGCAAGCCCUAUGUGUGCAACGAGUGCGGCAAGGCCUUCCGCCACCGCUCGGCGCUCAUCGAGCACUACAAGACGCACACGCGCGAGCGGCCCUACGAGUGCAACCGCUGCGGCAAGGCCUUCCGGGGCAGCUCGCACCUUCUCCGCCACCAGAAGGUCCACGCGGCCGACAAGCUCUAG